AUGGCAGAUGAUCAUCAGAAAAUGGACAUGGACAUCGACAACAAAGGUGAAGUAGAGCAGAAAGCAAAGCCAGUAAUGGUGAUAUUAGUGGGUGCACCAGGCAGUGGCAAGUCAACUUUCUCUGAACACGUAAUGGGUUCCUCUUCAAGACCUUGGACUCGCAUUUGCCAGGACACUAUUAAUAAUGGUAAAGCUGGAACUAAGCCACAAUGUCUUAAGAGUGCAUCAAUUGCAUUGAAAGAAGGCAAGAGUUUGUUUAUUGAUAGAUGCAAUAUGGAUAAAGAACAACGUUCUGAUUUUGUGAAGUUGGGUUGUGGUGCACAAGUAGAUGUUCAUGCUGUCGUUCUUGAUCUUCCUGCUCAGCUUUGUAUUUCCCGGUCUGUGAAAAGGACUGGACACGAGGGAAAUUUGCAAGGAGGGAAAGCUGCUGCGGUGGUGAAUAGAAUGUUGCAAAAGAAAGAGUUGCCUAAACUUCACGAAGGGUUUGCUCGAAUUGUGUUUUGUCAUAAUGAGAAUGAUGUUCAGGCUGCAAUUAAAGCAUAUAGUGCACUUGGUCCACUGGAUACCCUUCCAAAUGGUUGUUUUGGUCAGAAGAAUCCGGAUGCAAAAAUCCAACUUGGUAUCAUGAAGUUCUUAAAAAAAGCAGAGGUUCCUUCCAAUGUAGGUUCAAGUUCAGAUACUGCGCAGGAUUCUGCAUGUCCUCAGGCUAGUAAGGAAAUCGAUCCCUUCUGCAAAAGAACAAAUAAAGGAUCUUCAUUAUUGGGUACUGCUGGUAAGGAGGUAAAAGAGAGUGAAGACUUGGCUAAGGGCUCUGUUGGUGCUGAUGUAUUUGUAGAAGACAUUCCCACUCUGGCAUUUCCAUCUAUUUCAACAGCUGAUUUCCAGUUCAACAAUGAGAAAGCAUCAGAUAUCAUUGUUGAGAAAGUCAAAGAAUUUGCAGAUAAGCUUGAAAAUGCUAGGCUUGUUCUUGUGGACUUGAGUCAUGGAUCAAAGAUUUUGUCUUUGGUUAGGGCUAAAGCUGCAAAAAGGAACAUUGACUCAAAAAAGUUCUUCACAUUCGUGGGGGAUAUAACUCAACUUUAUUCGCAAGGGGGUUUACACUGUAAUGUAAUAGCCAAUGCUGCCAACUGGCGAUUGAAACCUGGAGGUGGAGGUGUGAAUGCUGCAAUUUUCAGUGCUGCAGGUCCCGCCCUAGAGACUGCAACUAAGGAACGAGCAAGAUCUCUUCUCCCUGGACAUGCUGUGAUUGUUCCUCUCCCUUCAGAUUCUCCGUUGUAUACUAGGGAAAGGGUAUCUCAUGUCAUCCAUGUUCUUGGGCCAAAUAUGAACCCACAAAGACCUAAUCCUUUGGAUAAUGAUUAUACUAAAGGCUGCAGCAUUCUGCGUGAAGCUUACACUUCACUUUUUUCUGGUUUUCUGUCUAUCGUGAGGUCCCAUUCAAAAUUACCAUGGAAAAGCUGUGAAAACCUUGUAUCAGCGCCUUCAGAUUUGAAAGAUCCCUCUCGUGGUGGUCCCAAAAAUCAUUUAACAAAUAGUGAUCAAAAGAUUAAGAGAGAUGAUGACUGUGUAUCUGAGAGAAGCAAAAAAUGCAAGGGAUCUCACAAUGAAAUUGGAGCUGAUAUUUCCGCUCCUAGUUCCACACGUGGAAAGGUAAGUGGAGACAAAAGCAAGUUGGAAGGAGCCACAUCAAAGAGUUGGGGCUCAUGGGCUCAAGCUCUUUACCAGAUCGCCAUGCAUCCUGAGAAGCACAAGGAUGAAUUGCUGGAGGUUUUAGAUGAUGUUGUUGUACUAAAUGACCUUUAUCCAAAGGCACAAAGGCAUCUCCUAGUUUUGGCACGAUUUGAAGGUCUUGAUCGUCUUGCAGAUGUGCGUCAAGAAAACGUUCAGUUGUUAAUGACAAUGCAUGCUGUGGGUUUGAAAUGGGCUGAAAAAUUCUUGCAUGAAGAUUCAUCAAUGGUCUUCCGCCUUGGAUACCACUCGGUCCCUUCAUUGAGGCAAUUGCACUUGCAUGUGAUUAGCCAGGAUUUCAAUUCCAAUCAUCUCAAGAACAAGAAGCACUGGAACUCUUUUAAUACUGCCUUUUUUCGAGAUUCAGUGGACGUAAUUGAAGAAAUCAAGAAUCAUGGGAAAGCAACAAUAAAAGAUGAAGACAGUCAGUUGUCAAUGGAGUUGCGAUGCCACCGAUGCAGAAGUGCACACCCUAAUAUACCCAGGCUGAAAUCACAUAUUAGCAUUUGUCAAGCCCCCUUUCCUCAUGCCCUUCUCAAGAAUGGUCGUUUAGUGCUUGCACCAAAAUACAACAGGAGUAAUGCCUAG